CGACACCUCCCUCUGCGCUCAGCUCCCGACAAAUCUUGCCUCCCUCCGCAAUCGGCUGCUGGAGCUUCUCUCUGCGCCUCUCCCUGGAGUUGAGUCCCUCACGCUCGGCCUCUUCUCCACCUUCCUCAGCUCGCCCAACCGAGCUCCCGGCGUUGGAUCCCCUACGAGCUCCCCUACAGCUCGUCCCCAUCUUCCAUGGCCGCGCGCGAGGCUCCUCUGCUUGGCCGCGCUCUCUGCUGGCUCGCGCUCUGUCGAGCUCCUCCCCGAACUCCGCCCCGCUAUGGCGCUGGCCGCCGCGCCCUUGCCGGUUCUCUGCUCGGCCAUGGAAAUCGCGACCCCCAGCUUCCUCUGCCGAGUCCGGCCGGAGCUCCCUCCUGCUUUGCUUGUCGGCCGCGCGAGCUCGCCGGCGUGCUCCUGCUCCAGCCUUAACGCGCGCGCCUGCUCCCUCUGUCCGGCCACCCUCGCCCCACCUCUCUCCUUUGCCGGUGCUCUGCCCAGUCUCCACCAUGGCCGCGCCUGCUCCCUUGUCCACUCAGUUCUUUGCUCGCCGGUUGCUGCUCCCGGUUGCUGCGAGCUCCAGCUCGGAUUCAGCCCUGCGCGCCGUCUCUGCUCCCUCGCCAUGGUCGCCGUGUUUCCUGCGUGCGACGCGCGCUCUCACUAGCCGUGAAGUUCCCAUGGCACGUCUCUGCGUCCUUGCUCCUUCGGUGCCCCUGCUGCUCAGCCUUGGACGCUGGAUCUCGCGCGCUUCUGCGCCAUGGUACCUUGGGUUCUGCAUUCUUGCAUUAGCGCCGCGCCUGAUCGUCGACCUUGUUGCCAUCUUCCUAUUCCAGAAGCUUUGCUGCAGUCCUAUGUUGAUUUCGUCGAAUACCUGUGGUGUGGUCCCUUGCUUGUGUUUGGGAGAGAAGUUCUUGGUGUGGGCGGCGAAGACAGCGAAAGCCAACUGUGACGCCUGCCAAGUACUCGACGUAAAGCCUGAACCACGGUCUCAUCAUUGUUCGUGUGAAGUUCAAGCCAAUUAUAAUUUUGAAAGGAGAUUUGGUGCUGAAGUCGAAGCCAGUAGCCCCUUUAUUCUUCGUCGUCAACCCACACCGCGUCGCGACGUGCCCGUCGAUCCCGACGCUCUAUCUGCCAGUUGUGUGCCACUUGUAUUGAGCUCUGAAGCCCCUGUCGAGCUCUUCCCCUGUAAGCCGCCUUCGAACACAACCCUUGCUAAGUGUUUGAUAGGAAGCCUGAACCAAUACUCAUCGUUGUUCUACGAUUAUUAAAUCGUUCCGGUCAUGGUAAGCCGAUGAAUUAUUCAGAAUAGUUCAAUCGUUUAAUAAAUUAAUGUACUAGUGUGAUGUUC